AUGUCUGGAGAACCUCGUGGUGCGGACCCUGCGUUGCCCCCCGCCUAUCGACUGCCCGCCAUGGCCACAACAACGAUCAAAGUGGAUGGAAUGACCUGCGGUGCCUGUACCUCUGCGGUCGAAGGUGCCUUUAAGGGGGUUGAGGGCGCGGGCGAUGUGUCUGUUAGUCUGAUCAUGGGCCGCGCUGCUGUUCAGCAUGAUCCGUCUAUACUUUCGCCCGCCAAGGUUGCGGAGAUGAUUGAAGAUUGUGGAUUUGAUGCCGCGGUCCUGUCCACGGAGGAACAUGUCAAAUCAGGAGACAAAGAUACGGCGGAUGGUCCGGUAGCGCGAUUCUCGACGACCACGCUCGCGAUCGAAGGUAUGACAUGCGGCGCAUGCACGUCUGCGGUGGAAAGUGGACUCAAGGAUGUCGCCGGAGUGAACUCGGUCACUGUAUCGCUACUCUCGGAGCGUGCGGUGGUGGAACACGAUGGGGCGACCAUCACACCGGAGCAAAUCGCAGAGCUGAUCGAGGACCGUGGAUUUGGUGCUCGAGUGGUAGAUACAAAAGCAUCGUCCGCCGGGCAAGAAGACUUGUCCAAGCUCGCCAACCGAACAGAAAACAAAUCAGGACAUAUGGUAACGACAAUUGCCAUCGGUGGUAUGACCUGUGGAGCUUGUACAGCCAGUGUCCAAAAUGCUGUCGCCAAUGCGGACGGCGUGAUUCAGUUCAACAUCAGUCUGCUAGCUGAGCGUGCUGUGAUUGUACAUGACCCAUCAAUACUCCCAGCUCAGAAUAUUGUCAUGAUGGUGGAGGAUGCAGGGUUUGAUGCGUCUAUUGUCUCAUCCGAGCCUCAGGAGCCGCUUUCGAGGAAGGCUCAGCAGCUCAAGCUAAGCAUUCACGGUCUAAGGGAUGCAACAUCUGCUUCAGCACUUGAGGAGGAGCUGCUUAGCCGAUCUGGAAUUCAGUCUGCGUCCGUCAAACUAGCAACUUCCCACCUACUUGUUACAUUCGACACAUCUGUCAUCGGCAUUCGAUCUGUAUUUGAGAUCAUCCAGGCUGCUGGCUACGAUGCACUGAUCGCUGAUACCGAUGACACAAAUGCACAGUUGGAGUCCUUGUCCAAAACAAAAGAGAUCCAAGAAUGGCGACGCGCAUUCAUAACCUCAGUCUCCUUCGCCGUUCCAGUGUUUCUCAUGAACAUGAUCUUCCCAAUGUAUCUCCGCGGCAUCGACUUUGGCAGAUUCCAGCUGCUCCCAGGCCUUUAUCUGGGUGACUUGAUCUGCUUCGGUCUUACGAUACCUGUACAAUUUGGCAUUGGCCGACGGUUUUACGUCACCAGCUACAAAUCACUCAAGCAUAAAUCCCCAACCAUGGACGUUCUCGUCAUGCUGGGUACAUCUGCAGCUUUCUUUUAUAGUUGCUUCACCAUGGUCAUGGCUAUCUUUAGCGAUCAACACCGCCGACCAAGCACCGUUUUCGAUACCAGCACCAUGCUCAUCACCUUCAUCACCCUGGGAAGAUGGUUAGAAAAUCGGGCAAAGGGACAGACCUCCGCCGCCCUUUCCCGUCUCAUGUCCUUGGCGCCAUCUAUGACCACCAUCUACGAAGACCCUAUUGCGGCCGAAAAAUUGGCCGAUGGAUGGACCUCCCAAAGUACAUCGAACGAGUCUCACCCCACAUUGUCGGACGACACCUCGGUGAAUCAAAAGAGUAUUCCCACUGAAUUGAUCCAAGUCGGCGACAUUGUUAUCCUCCGUCCCGGUGAUAAGGUCUCCGCGGACGGUAUUGUCAUUCGUGGUGAAAGUUAUGUCGACGAGAGUAUGAUCACUGGAGAAGCUCUGCCAAUCCACAAGAAGAAGGGCAGUCAUGUAGUCGCUGGUACCGUGAACGGAACGGGCUCAGUUGACUUCAAGGUGAUCCGGGCUGGCAAAGAUACCCAGCUGAGCCAGAUCGUCAAGCUUGUCCAGGACGCACAGACAAGUCGUGCUCCGAUUCAGCGCAUGGCUGACAUCGUGGCUGGUUAUUUCGUCCCAGCUAUUAUCGGUCUCGGCUUGUUUACUUUCUUCGGUUGGAUGUUCCUCAGUCAUAUCUUGUCCAACCCGCCCCAAAUCUUCCAGUCAGACGAUAGCGGUGGCCGAGUGAUGGUUUGCCUCAAGCUCUGUAUCUCUGUCAUCGUCUUCGCCUGCCCAUGCGCCCUGGGUCUCAGCACCCCAACUGCCGUCAUGGUGGGAACUGGUGUUGGCGCUGAGCAUGGCAUUCUCGUCAAGGGCGGCGCUGUCCUCGAAGCAGCCACCAAGAUCAACCACGUUGUCUUCGACAAGACAGGUACUCUGACUACGGGUCGGAUGAGCGUAGACCAAGUCCGAAUUGAGCCACACUGGACGGCCAAUGACUGGCGCCGACAGCUGUGGUGGCUCAUAGUUGGUCUCGCAGAGAUGGGCAGUGAACACCCAAUCGGUCGAGCCAUUCUUUCCGAAGCCAAGUCCGAAUCUGGCCAUCCAGGAGAAGACGGGCUACCCGGAAGUGUCGGCGAUUUCGAUGCAUGUGUCGGCCAAGGUAUUUCCGCUGUUGUCGAGCCCAUGUCCAGCAUGGAGCGUGUUCGCUACCAGGUUCUUCUGGGCAAUGCAGACUUCCUACGUUCAAGGGACGUCACCGUGCCCGCAGCGGCUGACCCUGACACUUCGCAAUCUGAAGAGGAGACGGGACAGGUAGCUCCCAAACCUGCAGGUGCUGCGUCCGGAAUCACACGUAUUCACGUUGCCAUCGACAGUCGCUACGCCGGAACUAUUUCUCUCCGCGAUAGCGUCAAGGAUACAGCGGUCGCCGCAAUUGCAGCCCUUCAUCGCAUGGGAAUCUUCACAUCCAUGGUCACAGGUGAUACAUUAUCCACGGCGCUGUCAAUUGCCUCCGCCGUCGGCAUCCCGGCCACCGCAGUUCACGCAUCUGCUUCUCCAUCCGAGAAACGUGCUAUCAUUUCAGCCCUCCAGCUCAACGGCGAGCGCGUCGCCAUGGUCGGUGACGGUAUAAACGAUUCCCCAGCGCUGGCAACUGCGUCCGUUGGCAUCGCACUAGCCUCCGGCACUGACGUCGCCAUGGAAGCAGCGGACAUUGUCCUCAUGCGUCCCGACGACCUGCUCUCCGUACCAGCCAGUCUAUCCCUCUCCCGCUCAGUCUUCAACCGCAUCAAGCUCAACCUCGUCUGGGCAUGCCUCUACAACGUCAUCGGCCUCCCCUUCGCCAUGGGCUUGUUCCUCCCCUUCACGGGCUUCAUGCUCCCUCCCAUGGCCGCUGGUGCCGCAAUGGCAGCGUCCAGUGUCUCGGUCGUGGUUAGCAGCCUGCUCCUGAAACUCUGGCGUCGUCCUUCCUGGAUGAAGGUCGAGCGGUUGGAGAAGGAACUUGGUUCGGGGGCUAUUCCUGCUGAUGGCGUUUCGCGGAGGUCUGGCUGGUGGGCUCCUGCUACUAUCCUUUCGGAUCAUCCGAGGUCGAUCCGCCGCUGGGUUGGGGAUAGUGUGGCAUCGCUCUGGUCCUCGGCUACUGGGAGGCGGACUGUUAUUCGCGAGGACGAAGGCUAUGUUCCGCUGCAGACUGUUGAGUCUCCUGUUUAA